AAAAAACGUUAUAUAACUAUGUUACUACGAGUAAUUUUCGUUUUCUGAGCGUGUGAAUUCCAAGCAACGCUGAAAUGGGGGAAGAAGUAGAACAACUGAAACAAACGCCAGAUUCUGGAGCUCCUGCUUCAUUAACACCUGCUCAAUUUCUUUCAUGGAAACGCCAGAAGGAUGCUAAUGCAUCAGCUCAGAGAGCUGAAGCUGCUAGGAAGCGAGAAGAAGAUAUAAGAGCUGGGGUAGUGCAAAUGAAUGGCCGAGAGCUUUUCGUGAAUGAACCUUGGGUGUUUGAUAAUAAUCUUUACUGAAUGUUUCUGUUAUAUUACCUUUCAUAUGUGUAAUAUUAGAUUUUGUGAGAUAUUUAUCUUAUUCUUCCUGCUGGCAAUUUAGUUUCAGGACAUACUAUAUGGCAUUCCAAGUGUAGAAAAAUAAUAAAAUAUAUACUGCAAUAUUUAAACGUACUAGGCUAAAUGUUUCUGAA